AUUAAUGUCUAAGAAUGAGGGUUGUCCAAUCCACUUGACCAAAAAACAAAAAAAAUCCUAGAAUUAGAAAUCAGGCUUGGGAACGACACAGGUAAUGGGUGAGGAGGAGCUCAGAUUCACGAUCAUGCACCAUCGCUGAAGGAGAUGAACACAUCGCUGAAUAGCUCGCUGUGAUGGAGGGAGAAGACCAGGCUGAGGCGUUGAGGGUCAACUUGUAACCGGGUCGGGCGCGGGUCUGGGUUGGUUGCAGGUCUAUUAGCUUCUGGUUCUUGGGCCGGGUUGUUUGGCCGGCCCAAGGCCAUAUAAAAAAAAAUAUUAGAAAUCAGGGAAGCAAUGCAAAUAAAGGAGCAGCUCAGACAAAACCAGAAAAGGAGUACUACUGGAGACCUCCACCGGGGAACUGGCUGAAGGCCAACGUAGAUGCUGCGUAUAGAUGAUCGACGGCGGAGGGAGCAACUACAGUAGUGAUUCGGGAUAACUCAGGUCGACUGUUAACAGGAGAAUCAAUGAGAAUCAGAGCUUAUUCCAGCCUAGCUGCAGAAGCAGAAGCAAUGAGAAGGGCGCUAAUUUGAAGCCCCACGAGAGAUAGCAUAACAACUGAGGAGGAAGGCUACAAACCAGUUCAGAUGCUCCAAUCGAAGCCAUUUACUGUGCGAGACUCAAAACACAGUGCAUUCCAGAAAUCAGAAUCUGAACUUCGCGGAGGAACCUGAUGCAAAAUUCGGGAAUUCAUAAUCCUCUUUCAGUCGUCAACCAUGCUGAUGUGACUUCGCCGGAGAGGAGAAACGUCACCGUAAAUAACACCACCACACCCAGCCACGGCAGCCAAGCAGGGAAUGAGAGACUGGACGCAGCCGGGGAUCCAACGGGAGCUUUGUUGGCGAUGCAGAAGAGCGGCGGAGAUGCGGUUGACGGCGGCUUCACCUGCGGACACGAUGGAUUAGGACAGAGAAGAACCGAUGCUUCGAGGCAAAGGGGCGGGGUGAAAGGGUGUCAACGCAGCCUCUGGCGUCGAUGGCGGACUAGCAGUGGCAUUCCGGUGGCGCAGCUGAGAGAGGAGAAAAGCACGAAGCAAAGAAGAUGAGAACAUAGGGAGAUGAGCGCACAGAGGUAGAAGGAGCGACGUGCAGUGGAGCGACUCGCAGAGGAGCAUCGCCGGAGGAGCAAUGCACAGAGGACCGGCCUGCAGAGGACUUGCGUGCAGAGGACCGGCGCGCAGAGGACUUGCGUGCAGAGGACGGUGCGUGGAGGAGGGUGACUUUUGCUAUGCUCUGAAGGUGAAGGGUCGUGUAAAAAAUGAGGGUUGUUUUUUUAUGAGUUAUUUAAAAUGUGUGAGAGACUCCUUGUGCUUAUGGGGUCCAAGAUUUUUUUGGGUUAAAGGUAAGUGUUUUUUAAAAAAAUUUCUGCAAUUUUUACAUGCCAAUCGUGUCCUGGCGUGUUCAAUGCCGGGUCCUCGUGUGUCCAGUGCCGUGUCCUCGUGUGUCCAGUGCCGUGUCAUGGCGUGUCCGAAUAAAAAAAAUUUUUUUUUUUUGCGACACGUGCUCAGGUGUGUCGGACACGUGUCCACCGCGUGUCCGACACGUGGACACGGCAGUAAUUUGGUGUGUCCGUGCUUCUUAGCAUGAGAGUGAGAAAGUUGCAGAGAGGGACGCGGGUGUUAGAGGAUUAGGAUAAGGUUCCGGAUCUUCCUGGGCAGGAUGGGGAUCCGGUUUGCCCGACCCGGUUUUGCUGGGUUGUUUGGCCUUGGGCCCACACCAAAAACAAAAAGAACUUGCAUGUGUUGGAUAUAAAAAUGUCAUUCAAGUGCUUCUUUUCUUUAUCUUAAUUCUUGAUAUAUUUGUGGACCAAUCUGAUAAUAGGCUGAGAUUAAUCUUAGAUGAUGAUAUUAGAGGUGUGUAAUUAUCCCGUAAGAUCUUUAUGAUGUAAGGGUUUCUGUUUUGGGCGUUAAGC